AUGGAUGUUAAUGGUAGAGGUGGUAGCUCCACCGUUUUGAGUGAAGAAGAGAUGGACCUGAGGAGAGGCCCAUGGACUGUGGAAGAAGAUCUUACACUCGUCAAUUACAUUGCUACCCAGGGCGAAGGCCGCUGGAACUCUCUCGCUCGCUGUGCAGGCCUGAAAAGAACUGGAAAAAGCUGCAGAUUGAGGUGGCUGAACUAUCUCCGCCCAGAUGUUCGACGUGGAAACAUCACUCUCGAAGAACAACUUCUGAUUCUUGAACUUCACUCCCGCUGGGGAAAUCGGUGGUCGAAGAUAGCACAGCACUUGCCGGGCAGAACAGACAAUGAGAUUAAAAACUACUGGAGAACCCGGGUUCAGAAGCAUGCCAAGCAGCUGAAAUGCGACGUUAACAGCAAGCAAUUCAAGGACACCAUGCGUUAUCUAUGGAUGCCAAGGUUGGUGGAGAGGAUUCAGGCUGCGGCGGCGGCCACAUCAGGAUCAUCUCCGGCCGCCGUGGCCGCCCACCAGUUCAGUGGUAGCUGCGAUAUCGUCGCCGGAAGUGCGGCGGUUCCUCAGAUGGCAGCCGGGGGCGCCGAUUUCUACGGUGGGCAAGUCAGCACCGGUUACACCCCGGAGAAUUCUAGCACAGCGGCUUCAUCGGACUCGUUUGGAGCGCAGGUUUCACCCGUCUCGGACCUGACAGAGAUUUACAAUUUCCCGGUCAGUGACAACCAAAACCCGGAUUUUUUCCAGACCGGCCAGGUUGGGUACACAGAUUCGCUAAUCAGCCCCUCGGGUUACUUCAACCAAGGAUUGGAUUUCCAAUCCAUGGAGCCAAACACCCAGUGGUACGAAGGCGGCGACACGGCCACGGCGGACAAUUUGUGGAAUGUGGAAGACAUUUGGUCCGUACAGACGCAGUUCACCAACAUCUGA